AUGAAGACUUCAUCAUACUCCUUCAUUGGAAUUCGCAAACAUUUUUGGAAGGAAGUUUUUUAUAAUAUCUAACUAUACUAAGAUGCCAUAGAGAUGACAGAAAUUAAAUCUAAAUCGCCAAAAUACAUUCUGCCAUUGAAGCUGUCAACUGUUAUAGAGAUUACAGGAUAGGUAAGCAAAAAUAAUAGGAAUUUCAGUGGAUUCCAGUUUAAAUACAAAGACACGACUAAACUAAUGAAUUGUAGAUCAUCAGAUAUAGCAAUUUUUAUGGAUAUGGUAAGCAACUAAAUAACUUUCCUAAAUAUCACUAUGUUUUAUUAGGCUAUUGAAAUCAUAGGAAGAGGCAGUUCAUCAAGUGUUUCUGUUUUGAUCGAUACUUAUUCAUAAGAACAAUUUGCUGUCAAAAGUAUCGAUAAAGAAUACUUGUAGAAGAAUGAUAAGCUAUAGAUCUUAUUUGAAAAUGAGGUCAAGAUCUUGUAAGAAUUGACAAAGUACAACAAUCAAAAUUAUUUUGUGCAUUUAUACAGAGUAUUUGAGAGCAAAACAUCUUACUAUCUAAUCUAGAAUCUCAUGAAAGGUAAAUCACUAACAGCCUACUACAAUAAAAUCAAAAAAUAAUCAGAUACCAAGUUAUUCUCUUCCGACAUUAUUAAAUUAAUCAUGAGGAGACUCCUUUCUGGUGUUUCACUUCUGCAUUGUCAUCGAAUAAUCCACAGGGAUCUCAAGCCUGAUAAUCUCUUACUUCUGGAACCAAAUAAUGUAGAUACCCUAGCCAUAGCUGAUUUUGGACUAGCAACCUAUAGUAAUGUAGAAAAGUAAAAUUCUUAACUAUCCAAUAGAUAUUCUUAUCCAAUUUGUGGAACCAAAGGGUACAUGGCACCAGAGAUCACCCAUUACAAAGAUGGAUAGAUUAAAUACGAUGAACAAAUUGAUAUCUACAGUAUUGGUGUCAUUUUUAUUUGGCUGUAUUUUUUUUAUAAUCCUAGACUCACUGGAGAUAUCGAUAGACAUAAUCCUAAAUUAUUAAAGUUAGAUUCCAUUACUUAAAAUUUAAUGAACAACCUUUUAAAAUCAAAUCCAAAAGAAAGAUUGUCAGCUCAAGCAGCACUUGAUCAUCCUUAUUUCUAAACUGAUGAAACUACUAAGAAGACUUUUCAAUCCUAAUAUGGAUUUGAAAAUGUUGAUUGCGAUAGUAUUAUACAACAUGAAGAUUUGAAAAACUAUUAUUUGCCUAUGAUGAAGAAACCUCAAAGAUAAAUAUGA